AUGUUAACAACAACUGUGAAUCGUUCGCUUACCUGUAAAUCAUUGAAAUUGCCAUCUACCACAGAGAAUAUGCAGAAUAAUUUAAAGUCGCUCCAACUAUAUACUAUAUUUAAUAGUUAUAAUUCUAUCAAGGAAUUAUGGUUAGCUCAUGAACUAAUCACUUCAGAGCAUGGAAAUAUGAGAGAUGAAGAAACUGGGAAUACAUUGCUACAUUAUUUAAUUUUAUCGAUACCUAGGUUUGCUAAACAAUUUUAUGAUUGUAAUAUGAUAAAUGGAAAUCAAUUAUAUCCAGAAUGGGCUUCACCUAUUGUUGGAUUAGUAUAUCGUCUUGUUGUAUGUGGUCGUUGCUCAGUUAAUGCACAAAAUAAUAUGGGAAAUACAGUGUUACAUUUAAUAUGUCUUUUACCGUAUACGGAAUUCUUGGCAAUACAUUUAAUUCGUUUAGGUGCUGAUCCAGAGAUUAAAAACAAUUCUGGACUACAUGUCUUUUAUCAUUAUGGAGAACAAAGAGCAUGGUUGGUAAAAAAUUUACCUGGUCUUAACUGUGGUAUAUGGAAUGCAAUAAAACGAGAAGAUAUGAUUAAAAUGGAUUAUUAUUUAUCAUGUUGGUGUCGAACAAUAGCAAAUCAACCAAACGGGAAAAGUUUAUUCGAAUGUUCAAUGUCCACUGGAAAUUAUGAAUUAGUUAAACAUGUAGACCAAGCACGUAAUACCAAUGAAUUAAUUGCAGCUGCAAUGGCAUUAGAUUUAAAUUAUAUGGAAGAUCUUUUAUCAAUUAAAAUUGAAAAGGAAAAAUGUCAAGUCAAUAAAUGUGACAGAAGUUUCGACCCCCCACGUCCAUUGACUGCUGAAUUGGCGAUCAUUUAUGGGAAUAAAGCAAAUAAAGCAAUCGAAUUACUUAAAAAAUAUGGGGCAGUGGAUGAAUCAAACUAUUAUGAGUCAGUAGAACAAAGGAAAAUGGCUUUCGUAAAUUCGCCAUUUUAUUUACAAGUUAAGACCGCGAAAACAAUUGCUGAUUUAAACAAAGCAUGGAAAUUAAUUGAGUAUUCAUCAUUCCAGUCAAAUCUAAGAAGGCAUACAGAUCAAGCAACUUAUUUACACUACUUAGUUGAACGUUAUAAAAGUUUAAAACAUCAACCUCAUUUACAAUGUGGUUUAAUUCGUCUUAUGGCAAAACUAGUCAUAGCUGAUGUCGAUCUACAAGCACGUGAUAAAUUUGGUAAUACAGCUUUACUUUGUGCUGCAAAAUCGAAUACUUUUGCAGAUAGAAAUACUAACUCAACAAAAGCUAACGAAUCAAUGCUUAAUCAGAUUGACAAAGAAGCUGAAAGAGAAGAUGAAGUUGAAGAUGGGGUGGUGUUGGACACAGUUGGGAAAAUUGUUGAGGAAACUAUUGAAACUGUCGAUAUAAAUGAAUCAUUACGUAAUCCAACUAUCAAUGAUGAUGUAAAACAUUUGGUCAUGGAUGAAGACCGUAAUGAAAGGAGUCCAAGUAAAAAGCCAUCAUUGUCUAUAUCUGUUUCAGAUCAUUCAAAUAUGUCAGUAAAAAACGAAUCAAUUCAUCGAUGUAUGAUGAAUGUACCGGAUUUUAGUGAUCAACGUUUGAUUUCUAUUUUAAUUCAGUUAGGUUCAGAUUGCUCCAUUCCAUGUAAAAAUGGUUAUUCUGUAUAUAAUGAAAAUUAUAUUCCCAAAGGUGCAUAUACAAUUAAACGAAAUAUUCAAUCAAGUUUAUUAAAAAAUAGUAUAAAACGUUCUAAAGGACUGAUAGAUCAUCCGGGAAUUUGGCCAAUUGUUGAUAGAUUAAUCUAUAGUGUACAAUAUCAUAAAUCCAAUGAUAUUAUUGACUAUUUCUGUACAGAAUUAGAGAAUACAAUUAAAGAUAAUUUAAUUUGGUUAAAAGCUAAACGAUCAGGGCUAACUGUUAUAGAAUGGAUUAACUCAUUAUGGACUCAUGAUCGAUGCAAUCAAUGGAUAGAAGGAAUACGUGAAAAAUUAACAAAUGUAUUACAGUAUUAUGUUAGUUUAACUGAUUUUGUGAUUUAUUCUAUGGCUGGUGAUAUUCAGAAAUUGAAACAAUGUUUAGCUAUGGGUAAAGGUCAAUUGAAAGCGCAACUUCAUAUGCAAAAGUUUCUAGUUGGUAUUAAUAAUAAUGGAAGAGCAAAUUUUAUAACACGUCCAUUACUUGUUAGUGUAAUGGAAUAUUCUACAGCAGAAGUAAAGUUGCCCAACGUUAGUCAUUAUGUCCAUAUAAUUAUUUUAUUCAGUAUGAAUUGGAAUAAGGCACUGUUCUUUGUUCAAGAAAAAGAACCGUUUGGUCCGGUUGCAUUUUGGAGUUUUAAGAACCUUGUCAGCCUUCAACAUACUUAUGAAGUAAUCAAAGAAGUACCAGUUCAUUUAAGAGAUUCAAAUGGAUCAUCUUUAUUUCAUUAUGCAACAAAUCUUUUUCAUACAAUACAUCCUAAAGAUGUAAAUGGAUUUCGAUGGGCAAGUUUAAUUUUAGCUACAAUAUUGAGACGAGGUGUGAAAAUUUAUCAUAGAGAUAUUUGGCAACGUACUGCACGAGAUAUUUUGAAUAGAUCAAGAUAUGAAUUACUGGAUAACAACAAUGUUCAUUGUGAAACGGAGAGAAUUUCAGACCAUUCGAAGAAGAGGUACGCAAAUUUUGAACAAAAAAUCUUUCGAAACAAUUCACGUAUUGGUAAAUUAGUUAUAUCUAUCCCACCAGAUCCUUUCGAACUUCAUGAUAUUAUCGAUCCAGAAACUGGAAAUUUAUUAACUGCUGAACAGUUAAUUGAUCGCCAUGUAGGUUUUCUAGCUUCUGGCAAUCACUUACAAUCCAUGGAAGAAUUAAUUCUCUAUGGAUAUAAUUAUAUACAUUUAGCUAAUUCUGGACCUGUACGCUUUAAAUCUGCUAGAUUAUUAGCUGAACAAAAAGGACAUCAUGAAAUGAUAUCUUUAUUAGAUACUGUUGAUCAAUAUAGAACAGAAAUGAUGGAAGUUCACAAGACGAUUAUAACUGGAGAUUAUCAUCAAUUCCUACGUCUGGUUAAUAACAAAAGAGUUAUUAUGGGUCGUGACUGGAGAGAACGUUCUCUACUACACCUUGCAGUACUUUAUCGUAGAACAGAGUUUGUUCUUCAGUUAAUUGAACUGUGUCAAGAACUUGUAAAUUAUCAAGAUUGUCUUGGACGUACCGCAUUCCAUUAUGCAAUCUGUUUGCCUGACAACAGAAGAUUGUUCUUAAAAAUGGUUUCAAAAUCUGGAGGUAUUGAUAAACAAAUCAAGGAUCUGAGAAAUAUUUCAAUUCAUCAAUAUGGUGAAUUGUAUGACCGAAACAUUCCUGAAUAUCAAAAUCUGAUUAAUAUAGAAAAAUCAAUCAAAUUACUUGAAUCAAAUUGGCCUGAUCAAACAAUUUGUUCAUUGUUGCCUAAAAUAUCAAAUGAUAAUGAUGAUGGUGAUCAACUCUUCAUAAAAGACAAACAUGAAUCUGAUAAUAAACAAUCAAUUGUCGAAGUAAUUCAUAAUACAAAUAAAAAUACUGAAAAUUGUUUAAUAUUUCCAAUUCCUGGUGCAUUCAAUACAUUUGAAGUGAAAAGAAUUAAAUCAGUAUUUAAUUGGAAACAACGGAUAUAAAGAAAGAGACAAAAUGAAAGAAAGAAGUGAACAGAUUAAAUCAUGUUAUAAAUAAAUAGUAUAUUUGUAAUAACCCAAUGAGGAGAAAAAUUAGAUUUUCUGACGUU